UCUACACCUUGUUUAGUCAAUCUUAAUCUCACGAUCAAACGUGGCACGUUCGUAGGAGUUAAAGGUGCUGUCGGGGCAGGAAAAUCGUCACUACUAGCUGCGAUUCUCAGUGAAAUCAAUCAUGUCGAUGGGAAAGUCCUACUAUCAUUUGAUUCUAUUUCCUAUGCGCCGCAAGUCGCAUGGAUCUACGCAGAUACGAUCCGAGCGAAUAUUCUUCUUGGAAAGCCAAUGGACGAAGAACGUUACCAGACGGUGAUCAGAGCUUGCUGUCUCGAUAUCGACUUGCAGAACUUCGGUGAAGUGGGUGACUUAUUGAUGAUUGCUGAUAAAGGAGUAAAUUUGAGUGGUGGUCAGAAGGCUCGUCUGUCACUUGCUCGUGCACUUUAUGCUGACGCCGAUGUUUAUCUACUCGAUGAUCCUCUAGCUGCCGUCGAUCCAAAAGUAGCAAAGAAAAUAUUUGACCAAUGCAUUGGUUCACAGAGUCUUCUUCGUGGCAAAACACGAAUAUUGAUUACACAUCAAACACAUUUCCUGAUUGAAGCAGAUCAAACGAUCCUUUUGACGAAUGGUUGCAUUGAACAAUUUGUUGUCGACCAAGCAUCGACUGCUACGACGGAAAAUCAAUCAGUUGUGAGUGACGAAGCUGAAUGGUCUUUGAACAGAGCGAAAGACGAUGAAUGUUCGGUUGUGAAAGAAGAAACAUCUGUUGAUGGUACUGUUAAAUGGAAUAUUUGGUUUCAAUUACUUACUGCACCGCCGCUACGUUGGUUUGGUUUGAUAUCUAUGUUGAUUGUUAUGUUAGCUGCCGAAGGUUUGUUCGAUUUUACAAACUAUUGGCUUGCACUAUGGUGUAGUAAAACUGGAAGCGAACAACGGUCAUCGUUUUAUGCAUAUGUUUAUGCUGGACUAGCACUUGGAACAUUAAUUGUUGUAUUAAUGCGGUCUAUUUAUGUAUUCUACAUAAUUCUAUGCGGAUCGACAGAAUUUCAUAAUCGGACGCUUCGAGGAAUUUUAUACACUUCCAUACGUUUCUUUGAAAGCAAUUCAAGCGGACGAAUAUUGAAUCGAGCGAGUAAAGAUCAACAGGCAUUGGAUGAAGCACUGCCAGCAACUUUGGUUGAUAGCAUACAAAGCAUUCUGAUGACUGUUGGUGCUAUCGUGAUCAUCGGUAUGAACAAUCCUUGGAUUCUUCUAGUUCUUAUUCCAAUUCUACCUUCAUUGGUCUGGUUGCGACAGUUUUAUAUACGUUCAAGUUCGCAACUGAAACGAUUGGAAAGUAUUGCACGUAGUCCGAUCUAUGCUCUGUUGUCAUCGUCACUAGAUGGAUUGACCAGUAUUCGUGCGUUUCAUGUCGAAAUGGAUUUUUUGAACAUGUUUACGAACAGAAUAGAUGCGCACUCGCGAGUUUUUUUCAUUUUGUCUGUUGCUGCUGGUUGGUUACGUCUACGAGUUGAUGCUGUUCUGUGUUUACUGAUUUUAGUGACAACAGUUCUUGCAGUCGCAUUGCGCCAUCAAGUCGAUCCAGCUGCCGCAGCACUUAGUCUAAGUUAUUGUUUUAGUUUGACUGCUCUUUUCUCAUGGGGUGUGAGAGCAUCUGCCGAAGCAGAAAAUCUUAUGACUAGUGCAGAACGACUGCAUGAAUACGGCGAACUUGUAUCCGAACGUUCUACAGAUGGGAGCAAUCAACCACCAAAUGGUUGGCCUUCUCAAGGUGUAAUUGAAUUCAAAAACUAUACGUUCCGUUAUCGACUCGAACUUGAUGCUGCAUUGAAGAACUUGAAUUUACGAAUCGAAUCCAAAGAAAAGAUUGGAAUCAUUGGUCGAACGGGUGCUGGGAACUCAUCGCUUCUUCAAGCUCUCUUNUCAAGCUCUCUUUCGACUUGCCGAUCGAACGGCCACUGUCUUCGGUCCCGCCUGAGUGUUAUUCCACAAGUACCAGUUCUCUUCUGUGGUACACUUCGAUACAAUCUUGAUCCAUUCGAACAACACACCGAUGAAGAAUGCCUCAGAGCGCUAGAAGAUGUGCAACUCAAACAACUGGUAUCCAACAAUCCUGACGGUCUUCAUCUACUAAUAGCUGAAGCGGGUACUAACUUAAGUACUGGCGAACGUCAGUUAAUCUGUUUAGCUCGAGCUAUCCUGAAGAAAAGUCAUAUUUUACUCAUCGAUGAAGCUACGGCACACGUAGACUAUGCGACGGAUCGCAUGAUUCAAGAGAUGAUCGCUGACAAAUUUCGUGACCGUACUGUUCUAACUAUUUCUCACCGGUUGAAUACCGUAGGUAAUAGUGAUCGUAUUCUUAUGUUACAACAAGGCGAAGUAGUGUAUUUCGAUGUACCAGAUAAAAUGCCUUGCUAUGGAAAUUGA